GCCCCGCCCCGCCCCGCCGCGUGAGGGGCGCGCGCGUGGCGGCCGCGGCGGGAUGUUCGUGGCGCGCAGCAUCGCCGCGGAUCACCGCGACCUCAUCCACGAUGUGUCCUUCGACUUCCACGGGCGCCGCAUGGCCACCUGCUCCAGCGACCAGAGCGUCAAGGUCUGGGACAAAAGUGAAAAUGGAGAUUGGCAUUGCACUGCCAGCUGGAAGACACAUAGUGGAUCAGUGUGGCGUGUGACGUGGGCCCAUCCUGAAUUUGGGCAGGUCCUGGCUUCCUGCUCGUUUGAUAGAACAGCAGCUGUAUGGGAAGAAAUAGUGGGAGAAUCAAAUGAUAAACUCCGAGGCCAGAGUCACUGGGUCAAGAGGACCACUCUAGUAGACAGUAGAACAUCUGUUACAGAUGUGAAGUUCGCUCCCAAGCACAUGGGUCUUAUGUUAGCAACCUGUUCAGCAGAUGGAGUUGUAAGGAUCUAUGAAGCUCCAGAUGUGAUGAAUCUCAGCCAGUGGUCACUGCAGCAUGAAAUCUCUUGUAAGCUCAGCUGCAGUUGUAUUUCGUGGAAUCCUUCGAGCUCUCGAGCACAUUCUCCAAUGAUUGCUGUAGGAAGUGAUGACAACAGUCCAAAUAUACUGGCUAAGGUUCAAAUUUAUGAAUAUAAUGAAAAUACCAGGAAAUACGCAAAAGCAGAAGCUCUGAUGACAGUCUCAGAUCCUGUACAUGACAUUGCAUUUGCUCCAAAUCUGGGAAGAUCCUUCCACAUCUUAGCUGUAGCAACCAAAGAUGUACGAAUAUUCACCCUAAAACCUCUAAGGAAAGAAUUGACUUCAUCAGGAGGAUUAACAAAAUUUGAAAUUCAUAUUGUGGCACAGUUUGAUAAUCACAACUCCCAGGUGUGGCGAGUGAGCUGGAAUAUUACAGGCACGGUGCUUGCCUCCUCUGGUGAUGAUGGCUGUGUUAGGCUCUGGAAGGCCAAUUACAUGGACAACUGGAAGUGUACUGGUAUACUGAAAGGUAAUGGGAGUCCGGUGAAUGGUAGUUCUCAGCAGGGAAUAUUUAAUGCCUCUCUAGGUUCAGCCAAUACAAGUCUGCAGAAUUCACUAAAUGGAUCAUCUGCCAGCAGAAAGCAGAGCUGAUACCAAGCUAACUGGAGUAACUUUGGUGUUUUGCUGCUUGUUGCAUGCACACAGGAAUGGAAAACGAUCUCCUUUUUCCCCUUCCCCAGCGCCGUUUGACCUCUCCCAAGACACCAGCAGCCUGCUAACUACUAAAUACUGUUCACAAAGCCUUUUUAAAACACGUUGUGUGCGUUUUUUGCCUGCACAGUUUGAUACUGAUGGGACGCCCGAUAGAAAAAUAUUUGGAGAGGCAUCUUGUUUGGAAAAAACUAUAAACAACCCACCCAAAACCCAAAACUUCCAUCAGAACAUAUUUUUGAAAGCUUGUAAAAUUAAAAGGUAGUUCAUGAUUAAAACCAAGAAUUUUUGUCCUUGAUUGGGAUGGGAGGAGGGAAACGACCAUUAGAAUAACUUUCAUUAAAGUUGUUUUGAGAACCAAUUUGUUUUGCAUUUCAGAGUGUUCAGCAUUUGAGUAAGAUUCCUAAACAUUACAAGGUUGUAACUGCUUUGUAAUAUAUGCAACUGUUAGUUCUGAAGGAGUAAGAAAACUGUUUGGACAAUUGUGAUUAUGGCUUUUAAUUGUUUGGUAUUGCUUAAUUUUUAUUCUUUAGUAUGACUUCAAAUAAAUGUUUUCUAAGUACUGUCAUACUUCAUUCUAAAAGAAGUACUUUUUCUGUUACAUAUUUGUACAUUCAUAUGGUAAUAGUUGUAAUUACAUGGAGUACUUAAAUUCUCUAAAUGCAGUAUUCUUGAAAAAUGCAAACACUUUAGCCAUACAGAGAUAUAAACCAAAAUGCAGCUUGUUGUUAAUUGUCCCAUAAUUUCAUUAAUAAACUGUUAGCUGUUCUUUGAUGUAAGUCCACAGAAUUGUAAACAAGACAGAAAACAAUAUAGUUAUACUAAAAUGCACAAGUGUUACGGGUAAGUUCUAAUAAAAACAGCAGCAGGAUGACAUGGAGUGGCAUAAUUCUGAAUCUUGCUUUCACCAGGAAUCUUGAAUUUACACUGAGGAUUUUGCAGAAAUAUGUAAAUAGACACAAAGACUGUAUUUCAUUCAAAGUAGUUAUUCUCUGUAAAUGUUAAUCAUUAAUGUAAAGAGUGAUGAUUUACAUCUAUUCUAGAAAUGCUGUAAAGUUAAUCUGAAUUAGAUGCAUAUGCAGCAAAUGUACUUUGGUAAUAUUUAAUGUAUAUUUUGUGUCACAAACAAAGCAUUACUGAAAGCUGUUAACAAAUCACAGAAAUUCUGGAAGAAUGAAAGUCUGUUAAUAGCUGUACUCCACCACCCUUUUGACUUCCAAAGCAAUCCAUUCUUUUUAAAAAUGUAUGCUAGGACUAUGACUAUGGUAUUAUUUUCAGUGAAUUUCAGUGGAAAAGAUUAUUGUUUUACUUUAAAGAAGAGUUUCCAGAUUUGUCUUGUUUUGAAUUACAAGUCUUGAUUUCUGCUAUUAUGUUCUAUUGGUUUUGGCAUGGAUAUACUAAAGCCUUUUUUUUUCCAGCAUGUCUUUUCUCCCCUUUGGUUCUCCUUGUAUUUACUACCUUUCUCUUCUUUUCUUGUUUUGUUGGUUUAUUUUUGUUUGUUUGUUUUUUGUUUGUUUUGUUUUGGUGUUUUGUUCCUUUCUUAAUUGUUUCAGGUAUUUCUUUCCCCCUCUGGAUUCCCCACGGGCUGGAUCGAGAUGGUCCAGUCAUGCCCAGCUCCUUCCUCCUCCUCCUCUGAUAGAGCAGUCUUGUGAUGCUGACACUGCCAACCUGCAGUAUCCUCACCCUCGCAGACGAUGUGUAUCUCGGCCUCUUAAUCUUUUACCUGAGAAUGAAGGGGUUUAAGGUGUUACUUUAAAUGAAUUCUGAAGGGCCUUAUUCUGGUGUUUGUGAAUGCUUCCAUUUCUGGCUGCCUUUGUAUUCCUUCUCUGGUACAGAAGACUUUUUAAAAAAUGUGGGAAUUUUAUGCAUGUUUUGCAAAACAAAAAACAUUUAGAAUGUGUUAUUUAUGUAUCAAAGACCAUAUUAAUUUGUACCCUUUGAAUUUUGGUACCAUAAACAGUAUUAGCCACGAGCUCUUUAUGGAGUAGAUGACUUCAAUGUGCCUGUUUUUUUUCUUUUUUUUUUUUUUUCUCCUUUUUGAAUCAGUUUAGUAUGGUCUUUAAUUUUUUCUUUUGGUAUCCUGCAUUUACGUGUGAAAUGCAUUCAAAAUUAGACAUGCCAUCAAGACACUUGUGAGUGAAGAAUUAUGUUUGGCCAGCUUGUUAACAAAACCAUUCCUGUGUAUACUGCAGCAAAAUAACUUGAAGUGUUUGGUUACUUAAGAUUUUUCCAUCUUGUUAUAUAAAUAUUUAAGUUUUAUAAUUGUGGUUGACUAAUAAACUUGUUCUGAAAGGUC